ACAAAAGAAAAAAAAAAGAAAAACAAAAGGGACAAACUGAGGAAAGCUUUGCUGCAGGACCUCUUAUCACUACGACUGACUUGGUUUAGCGUGAAACGCACAACAGACAUGAACUGGCUUGAGGAGUGCUGGUGAAGAGGAGGAGGAGGAGGAGGAGGAGGAGGAGUGGUCAGGGUCGGAGAUCAUUAAGCACUUUGAGAGAAAGACGUCGCCCUGAACGCAGCGCAGCAACGCCGCAGCCAGGAGGAGCCGAUCAAGUGCGUUUAACCUCCGAAAACCUGCGUCUGGAUCCGGCUAUGGUUCGGUUGUGAUUCGCUGCUCAGCUGCUGCCCUUCGAGAGGACUGCGGAGGGGCUGAACGCCGCAUUGUGGCAACCGACACCCUCGAUUCCUGCCCGAGGACUCUGCACAAGUCGCUCAGCGCAAAAUGUCAUCUCAGGCCAAAGCCAAGAAGGACAAAGAGAUUAUUGCCGAAUAUGAGACCCAAGUGAAAGAAAUUCGUAACCAGCUGGUGGAGCAGUUCCGAUGUCUGGAGCAGCAGUCCGAGUCACGGCUGCAGCUGCUGCAGGACCUGCAAGACUUCUUCCGCCGAAAGGCCGAACUCCAGCUAGAGUAUUCCCGAGGGCUGGAUAAGCUGGCAGAGCGCUACUCCUCCAAGAUUCGCAGCUCCAGAGAGCACCAGCAUUUCAAAAAAGACCAAAAUCUCAUCUCCACUGUAAACUGCUGGUAUCUGGUGUUGGACCAGACCCGUCGAGAGAGCCGAGACCACGCCACGCUCAGCGACAUCUACAACAACAACGUCAUUGUCCGCUUGGCACACGUAGGCGAAGAUGUCACCAGACUCUUCAAAAAGAGUAAAGACAUCGGGGUACAGAUGCAUGAAGAGUUGGUUAAAGUCACCAAUGAACUUUACACGGUGAUGAAGACCUACCACAUGUACCACAGUGAGAGUCUCAGUGCUGAGAGCAAGCUCAAGGAGGCAGAGAAACAGGAAGAGAAGCAUAUCGGCAAGGUGAACGAGAUCGGCGGCGGUCUGUUGCGUCACGGUCACGAUGAACGUCCCCAGCGAAGAAGUUCAGUCAGGAAGAUGGAGAAAAUGAAGGAGAAGAGACAGGCCAAGUACUUUGAAAAUAAACUGAAGUGCACAAAGGCCCGGAAUGACUAUCUCCUCAAUCUGGUGGCUACCAACGCCCUGGUGGCCAAAUAUUACAUCCACGAUGUGUCGGACAUGAUAGAUUGUUGCGACUUAGGCUACCAUGCAAGCUUGGCACGCACCAUGAGGACCUACCUCUCCGCUGAAUACAGCCUGGAGACCUCUCGCCACGAAGGUUUGGAUCUACUGGAAGGAGCCGUAGAUGCCAUGGACAUUAGAGGGGACAAGCUGAGGUUUAUGGACACACACAGUGGUAUCUUCUGCCCUCCAGCACGCUUUGACUAUCAGCCCCAUAUGGGGGAUGAGGUGUGUCAGGUUAGUGCACAGCAGCCUGUCCAGACAGAGCUCCUGAUGCGUUACCACCAGUUGCAGUCUCGCCUUGCCACGCUGAAGAUAGAAAAUGAAGAGGUAAAGAAGACUCUUGAUGCCACCAUGCAGACCCUUCAAGAUAUGCUCACUGUGGAGGACUUUGAUGUAUCAGAGGCCUUCCAGCACAGCCAGUCCACAGAGUCUGUCAAAUCGGCCUCAUCUGACUCCUACAUGAGCAAGGCCAACAUCGCUAAAAGGCGAGCCAAUCAGCAAGAGACGGAGGGCUUCUACUUCACCAAAUACAAAGAGUAUUUGAACGGCAGCAAUCUUAUUAUCAAACUGCAAGCUAAGCACGACCUUCUGAAGCAGACACUGGGAGAAGGGGAGAGGGCUGAAUAUGGAACAACAAGGCCCCCCACUCUUCCCCCUAAACCCCAGAGAAUGCGGAAGUGUAGACCUCGCUCCGUUUUUAACCGUAAGCUGUUUAACGGCAAUAUGGAGGCCUUCAUCCAGGAUUCAGGACAGCCGAUACCAGUGGUGGUUGAGAGCUGCAUUCGAUAUAUCAAUCUGUAUGGUCUUCAGCAACAAGGUAUAUUCCGCGUUCCAGGAUCUCAGGUCGAAGUCAAUGACAUUAAGAAUGCAUUUGAAAGAGGAGAAGAUCCACUGGUGGACGAUCAGACGGAUCACGACAUCAACUCUGUGGCGGGCGUCCUGAAGCUCUACUUCCGGGGACUGGAAAACCCGCUGAUCCCCAAAGAACGCUUUCUCGACUUCAUGUCCACCACCAAACUUGAUUCUGGUGCAGAAAGAGCUCAUCACCUCCAGCAGAUAGUUGUGACUCUACAGCGGCCCGUGAUCGUUGUCAUGAGAUACCUGUUUGCUUUUCUCAAUCAUCUUUCCCAGUACAGUGAUGAGAACAUGAUGGACCCUUACAACCUGGCUAUCUGCUUCGGGCCCACGCUGAUGCCCAUCCCGGACGACCAGGACCCCGUGGCCUGCCAGGCACAUGUUAAUGAGGUUAUUAAGACCAUCAUCAUCCACCACGAGGCCAUCUUUCCGAGCCAGCGGGAGUUGGAAGGACCGGUCUAUGAAAAAUGCAUGGCUGGAGGGGAAGAGUACUGUGAAAGUCCUCACAGUGAGCCAGGAGCUCUCGAUGAGAUAGACAACGGGACCGGACCAAACACAAGUGAUGAAGAGUUUGAGCCGAUUGAGGCAAUCGCCAAGUUUGACUACGUCGGCCGAAGUUCCAGGGAGCUGUCCUUCAAGAAGGGAGCGUCUCUGCUGCUGUACAUGAGAGCGUCUGAGGACUGGUGGGAGGGCCGGCACAAUGGCGUGGACGGGCUGAUCCCCCAUCAGUACAUCGUAGUGCAGGACAUGGAUGAUGCAUUCUCAGACAGCAUUCAGAGGACAGAAAGUGAGAGCAGCAGUGGACCUCACUACGAUGAAAGGACUUCAUCGAGAAAUGAGCGCCGGUCUCCCUGCGAGCAGGUUGCUGAGAACCGUUUUGGACCUGCAUUAGGAAGGGUAAGAGUGCGAUCAGACGGAGCCGCAGUGCCCCGCCACAGGAACAAUGGGGCAGACAGCCUGAGCCCAACGCGAGUUGCCGAUCAGCCGCCCAGGGUUAUGCCUCGCCCCUGCAGCCCGCAUAAGAUGAGCGUCAGCAGGUGCCACGCCGACAGCCCGGAGAAGCGACGCCUCACCACGUUUGGCAGCUCCGGCUCCAUCAACCACCCCGACAGGAAGGCGUUUGUCGACAGCCACUCGCAGCGAUCGUCGCCGAGCACAACUCGACACGCAAGUUUAGGAGACCACAAAGCUCUGGAGGCUGAGGCACUCGCGGAGGUGAGGGCUGCAGCAAGUGAUCGUGCAGACAUAGAGAAAACCAUGAAUACGGCCCUCCAUGAAUUGCGAGAGCUGGAGAGGCAGAAUGUAGCUAAGCAUGCCCCCGACGUUGUCCUCGACACCCUAGAGCCCCUCAAACACCCCGGUGCCGCCCAGGAAAUGUCCGCCAGCCCCCUGCACACCAUGGUGAUCCGGGAUCCAGACGCAGCCCAGCGACGCAGCAGCAGCAGCUCAUCCUCUGAAACCUUGACCACUUUCAAACCGGCCCUAUCAAUGCGCAGACCGAACGCACCUUUAAGGCCCCCGCCCGUCAGGCCAGUGCGACCGGCUCCAGUGAUCGGACUAGGCCAGGUGCCGCACCGCUCCAGCAGCUCCAGCUCCUCCGGUCUGGGCAGCCCGGGCAUCACCCCGACUGAAAGGAUCUUUCCUAAAGCGCCCUCCCCGUCACCUUCCACAUCCUCCUCAUCCUCAGACAAACAGGGUAACAUGUAACCGGCCAGCUGUCGGGACCAAUGUGGAUAAGGACUGAUCUUAUCAGCGCACCCCUACGGGUCGUCUUUCCUUCAAUAGCCAACAACGGCAUCCAGUUUGUCUGAAUAUUUACCACUAAUACUGUGUAAGAUACGAUUGGCUCCCCCUGGUUUCUGCCCGCACCUACUGGGAGCAAGUAACUGUUCUGUUUAACAGUAAUUAUAUUACGCAGAAAUAGGAAUUAAAACUAGAGAAAUUAUUUAAUAGACUUAUAUUGAGCUGGAAUAGAGAGAUGCACUGGAGAAUAUUUCUGUUUGCUGAGAUAUGAAACAUCUCACUGAAACCAUGAUUAGAUUACAAAGAUGCUGUGAGCCAAUGCUUUGUGUCUGGUUUCCUGCUCCAUUAUCAUGAAACACUUACGGGAAUACUUCACCACUUACCAUGUAGACAUCCAGACUGUGCUUGGGGGUCAGCACUGUGUUGUGUUCAAAAUGUUUCUUUCAGAACCACUUAUAUUGAUGGAGAGAGGUUAAUGUUGAGGAAAAACCCCGCUUUGGAGCAAAAUGGAUGGACAACAUGGCUGAAGGAGGAUGUCUAUUGCCUCGGGCGGCGGUUCCUCUAAUGAACAUUAAAUGUCGGCUCAGUGUAAAUUAGAACUGUAUUAUAUUUGAAUUGACAACAGCCUCAAAACCAUGCGGCAUUUGGACAUGCUACACAUUCAGACAUGUUUGUUACGUUGUCGUGAAGUCUGGGAAAUACCGCAGGUCCCGGGGAAAACUCACGGCAGCACAAGGAUUUGGCUGGCACUGAAGGCCAACUGAAGCACAGAUGUUACAAAACGGCUCCGAUCACAGCUGUGAUCCCAGCCUGUGCUGCCACUUUCCUGUACGGCCGGCAUCCACAGCGUUAAUUCAUCUCAUUGUGCCAUUUCUUGAUUUACUGAUAUUGUAUGAAUAUAGUGGUCAUACCCCUUUUGCUUCUUCACAUUAUUUCAUGUCACAACCAUAUACAUCAUUGUAUAUUGUUGAGAUUUUUAUUUAUUUAUUUACUUUUAUUUUUAUUUGAGGUGGAAGGAAUCUUUUUUUUUUUUUUUUCAAAAUUUUGUACAAAUAAACUAUGUGUAAAGUGUUGCAUACAUUUGUAAAGGUUUAUCAGCCAGUGCUUGGUCAAAGCACCUUUUGAUACAGUUAUAGCUGCAAGUCUUUUGCGAUACGUCUCUGCCUGCUUUGCACAUUUUUCUUUCCCAAGCUUAAUCAGACUGAUGGGACAUAAUCACUGAACGGUUAUUUUUCAAGUCUUGCAACAGAUUCUAAAUCAGAUUGAGAUCUAGACUGUAGACUGUAGGGUUUCCAUUCCAGGCUAAAGUCACUAUUAGCCUCUAAGACAGUGGUUUUCAACCCUAGUCCUCAGGAUCUAAUAUUCUUCUUGUUUUACAUGUGUCUCUGCUCCAGCCCACAUGAUUGAAUAUUAUUACACUACUGCCUCAGCAUCAAGUCCUGCAGAAGUUUGUUAAUCACCCGUUGAUUUAAGUGGGAUGUGUGGCAACAGGGAAAACACCUGAAACAUGCAGGGCAAGGGGUCCUGAGGACCAGGGUUGAAAAUUAAUACUGUAUAAAGGUAUUUUUU